AUAUUCUGCUUCGCUGUAAGAGUCAUGGUUCUGGAUGGUCAGAUUAAUUAUCCAACUGUGAAUACGAAUUACGGUAAACUGCGGGGCAUUCGGGUUCCUCUGCCGAGUGAGAUACUAGGACCAGUGGAUCAGUACCUGGGUGUUCCGUAUGCUGGGGCUCCAAUUGGAGAGAAGCGGUUCCAACCUCCAGAACCUCCAUCCUCUUGGUCUGGGAUUCGUAAUGUGACUCACUUCUCUCCCGUCUGCCCACAAAACAUUCACGGCAUGGCUCCAGCUAUUAUGCUGCCGAUCUGGUUCACCGCCAAUCUGGAUAUUGUGGCUGCUUAUAUUCAGGAUCAGAAUGAAGAUUGUUUGUACUUAAACAUCUAUGUACCCACUGAGGAUGUAAAAAGAAUAUCGAAGGAAUGCACCAGAAAACCAAACAAGAAAAUAUGUAGAAAAGGAGGAGCCAACACAAAGAAACAAAGUGACGAUUUAGCCAAUAAUGACGGGGAUGAAGACGAAGAUAUUCGUGCCAGUGGCCCAAAGCCGGUGAUGGUGUAUAUCCAUGGAGGCUCAUACAUGGAAGGGACAGGGAAUAUGAUUGAUGGCAGUGUCCUCGCCAGUUAUGGGAAUGUCAUCGUCAUCACACUCAACUACCGAGUGGGGGUUCUAGGUUUCCUAAGCACUGGGGAUCAGGCUGCGAAGGGCAAUUAUGGGCUUCUGGAUCAGAUCCAAGCGCUGCGGUGGAUCAGUGAUAAUAUUGCCUUCUUUGGAGGAGAUCCGAUGCGGAUUACAGUAUUCGGAUCUGGAAUUGGAGGGUCCUGUGUCAGCCUCUUGACACUGUCCCACCAUUCGGAAGGUCUUUUCCAAAGGGCAAUUAUUCAGAGUGGCUCUGCUUUGUCAAGCUGGGCGGUAAAUUAUCAGCCAGCCAAGUACACCAGACUGCUGGCAGAGAAGGUGGGCUGUAACAUGCUGGACACGCUGGACAUGGUCGAUUGUCUGAGACAGAAAACUUACAGGGAACUGGUGGAGCAGGACAUUAAGCCAGCCCAAUACCAUGUGGCAUUUGGACCUGUCAUUGAUGGCGAUGUGAUUCCUGAUGACCCAGAAAUUCUGAUGGAGCAAGGAGAGUUCCUUAAUUAUGACAUCAUGUUAGGAGUCAACCAAGGAGAGGGAUUGAAGUUUGUGGAAUGGGUGGUGGACGCGGGAGAUGGAAUAUCAGGCAGCGAUUUCGAUUUCACAGUUUCUAAUUUUGUGGAUAAUCUGUACGGCUAUCCUGAGGGCAAGGACACUUUACGUGAAACCAUCAAAUUCAUGUACACAGACUGGGCAGACAGGGACAACCCAGAGACGCGACGCAAGACUCUGGUUGCUCUGUUCACUGACCACCAGUGGGUAGAACCGGCCGUGGUGACUGCAGACCUGCAUGCCCGCUAUGGCUCCCCCACGUACUUCUACGCCUUCUACCAUCACUGCCAGAGUGAUAUGAAGCCUGCCUGGUCUGAUGCCUCCCACGGAGAUGAGGUGCCCUAUGUCUUUGGGAUUCCCAUGGUCGGCCCCACAGACCUAUUCCCCUGCAACUUCUCUAAGAAUGAUGUGAUGCUCAGUGCUGUGGUCAUGACCUAUUGGACCAAUUUUGCCAAGACCGGUGACCCCAACAAGCCUGUGCCCCAAGACACCAAGUUCAUCCACACCAAGGCAAACCGCUUUGAGGAGGUGGCUUGGUCCAAGUACAGCCCCGGAGACCAGCUGUACCUCCACAUUGGCCUGAAGCCUCGGGUGCGAGAGCACUACCGAGCCACCAAGGUGGCCUUCUGGAAGCACCUAGUGCCUCACCUGUACAAUCUGCAUGAUAUGUUCCAAUAUACAUCUACCACAACCAAGGUGCCUCAGCCCAACACUACCCCUAUCUCUUAUGACACCCGGCGCCCUAAUGGCAACACAUGGCCCUUCACCACCAAGCGGCCAAGGUCAGGCAUGUCGCCUGCCUACAACUCCGAACAACAGGAGAAAUGGGAUUCAGAGCAGGACAGCGACUCACUGCUCAUCGACAACCCCCGCGACUACUCCACCGAGCUCAGCGUGACCAUUGCAGUUGGGGCUUCUCUGCUCUUCCUUAAUGUUCUGGCCUUUGCUGCUCUCUACUACCGCAAGGACAAGCGACGAAGUGAGCCUCACCGCCAGCCCAGCCCUGAGCACAGCGCCAGCAACGACAUGGCGCACGGCCAAGACGAGGAGAUCAUGUCCCUGCAGGUCAACCAGAGCCACGAAUGUGACAGCCUAGCUGCUCUGCCCGACUACACACUGACUAUGCGCCGCUCUCCUGACGACAUCCCACUCAUGACCCCCAACACCAUCACUAUGAUCCCUAACUCACUGGUGCCCAUGCAGGCACUGCACCCAUACAACACCUUCGCCGCUGGUUUCAGCAGUGCCGGCCUGCCACACUCGCACUCCACCACCAGAGUAUAAUCCGGGCAGAGCCCAGCUCUGGGAGCCAAGGCACCGCGCAGCCUGGUGGGACGGGCACUCGCUCUGGCCCCCGCACCUGCUGCAUUAUACACCUCGGAGAGAAGAGGAACCUCUCUCUCUCUCUCUCCUGAGGAACUUCUGAUACAUUCUUCACGCCAGGCCUUCUUCAAAGUGACAACCUGAGGUUUUAAUAUCAAUUUUUUUUAUAAAAAAGGCAAAAAAAAGAGAAAAUUAAGAAGUGCUUUUGUUGCUGGGCCGAGCAGCAGGCGAUGGUGUUCAUGUCUAUCACAGUGUUCACAUGCCUUAGACUCCCGGCUGCUGCGUCUAUGUGUUUUAUAUCAUUUAGUAUGCCAGCACGGAGAGGGUUUCUCUCUCACACACACGCGCACACACUCGCACACAGACGGGCACGCAGACUGAAUUACGAUGCUUUUUAUAGUCAGGAAACAGGGUUACUGGGCGCAGAGGGAGCUGCUGUCUGGUGUAUGUAAGUCGAGUGUUUUUGCGCGAUGGUUCUGAACUGGAUUGACAGUGUAGAAGACACAGGAUCUGCAUUGCGAGCCCACUGCCACAGUCGGGCAGGAUUCAGAAUCCAAUAAGAGCGGCAACAGAAGCUGGACUGGAGAAGCUGGGCUCACUGUCUGGAUGGUCACUUUGUUGGUUGUCGGGAUUGGCUUCUGCUGAAGGUGGCUCUCCUUCCUCCAGGAACACACGCGCUCUUUGUAUUUUUCUGACUCGGACGAUGAUUUGUGAGAAAAUCUAACAGCGAAACAUUUUACAGAUCUGUGACUUUUUUCGGGGGGGUGGGGGGAAUGUUUGUCGAAUUACAGCAAAUAAUACAGAAUCGUGCAGUUCAGAUCCCUUAACUUUUUAUA